UUCAAAAUCAAAAUUUAAUACGAGUGGCAGUUAAGUAAAUAUAGUCUCAUCUAAGCCCAAAAUGUAACAACUCUAGUAAUAGUAAUAGUAAUAGCUUCCUUUCGCUUUUGAAUUAUCCGUUGGUGAAAGUUGAAACUUCGCUUUUCUCAAUAUUCUCCCUUCUCUUCUCUUCUCUUUUCCUUUCUCUUUCUCUUUCUCUUUCUCUUUCUCUUUUGCCUUUUCUUUCUUCUUUAUUUCCUUGAAAAUUUUCUCACAUUUUCACUUCCAUAUCACCGGAGCUACCACUGUAAUGGCAACUUCCGGCGCUUCCUUGCCGUUGCUAACUAACCGAACAUCUAUCGCCGGUCUCAAAUUCUACGUCUUAGUCAUCAUUUUCCUCGCAAUCGCAGUCUCGAUUCUUCUCAUCACCGUUCUCUGCAUUCGCCGGAACCGAAGCUCAAAGAAGAGCCAAAUGCAAGUGAAAGUGAAGCAUAGCUCCGGCACAAUUCCGCUCGUUUCUAAGGAGAUCGUGGAGGUGAUCAAGAUCGGAAAUGUUAUUGAUGAUGAUCCGAAGAUGCAGAAGCAAGUGGAGUGCGAGAUCGAAGAGAGUAGUAGUGUGUCGGUGGAGUCUCCGUCUCCAUCUCCGGAGAACAUAGGUUGGGGUCGGUGGUACACUUUGAAGGAAUUGGAGAAUGCGACCGGUAGAUUUUCCGAUGGGAACGUGAUCGGAGAAGGAGGUUAUGGAAUUGUAUACAGAGGAAUUCUUCAAGACGGUUCUGUGGUUGCUGUGAAGAAUCUUCUUAACAAUAAGGGUCAAGCAGAGAAAGAGUUUAAGGUGGAGGUUGAAGCCAUUGGAAAAGUGAGGCAUAAGAAUUUGGUAGGGCUAGUUGGAUAUUGUGCAGAAGGUGCUCAAAGGAUGCUUGUUUAUGAAUAUGUUGACAAUGGAAAUUUAGAGCAGUGGCUACAUGGUGAUGUAGGACCUAUUAGCCCCUUGACAUGGGAUAUAAGAAUGAAGAUUGCAGUUGGCACUGCAAAAGGGCUAGCCUAUUUGCACGAAGGCUUAGAACCCAAAGUUGUCCACAGAGACGUAAAAUCCAGCAAUAUUCUUUUGGACAAAAAAUGGAAUGCAAGAGUAUCAGAUUUUGGACUUGCCAAGCUCUUAGGCUCUGGCAAAAGCUAUGUUACAACCCGUGUAAUGGGGACAUUUGGAUAUGUUUCGCCCGAGUAUGCAAGCACGGGAAUGCUUAACGAGAGCAGUGAUGUAUAUAGUUUUGGGAUUCUACUCAUGGAGCUAAUUACAGGAAGAAGCCCCAUUGAUUAUUCUAGACCACCUGCAGAGAUGAACUUGGUUGAUUGGUUUAAAGGAAUGGUAGCAAGUCGUCGCGGUGAUGAACUACUUGAUCCUUUAAUUGAGAUUCAACCCUCUCCGAGGUCUUUGAAGCGUGCUUUACUUGUUUGUCUGCGUUGCAUAGAUUUGGAUGCCAAUAAGCGACCAAAGAUGGGGCAAAUUGUUCAUAUGCUCGAGGCAGAUGAUUUUCCUUUUCGUUCUGAUCUUCGAACUAGAGAGAAAGAUUAUGUUCCCUCUCAGGCAGACGAAUCCAAAAAGGUUCUGUAUCCAACAAGGCAUGCGGAGCCCGUAUAUAAAGCAAGCUGGAGAUGAUUGUCUGUUGAAAUGGUCAUGGCAGCCGCGGAUUCAGAAUUACUUGUACUAGUGAUGUUCAACUUGUUAUGAAAAAAGUCAGAAGCCAUUAUUGUGCAUAUCUUAUACCACUUAGUUAUUUUUCUUUAGAUCUUAACAUAAUUAGUUGUAUUUCAGUAUUAUGUGAAUAAACAAGCCUUGUAAAUAUGUAAUAUCUUUCACGAUAUAUCAAUUUUAUCAGUCUUCAUUA